AUGUGCCGCGGAAUCGGCUACAACCUGACAGCGAUGCCGAACGAGCUGAACCACGACACGCAGGAGGAAGCUGGGAUGGAGGUGCAUCAGUUCUGGCCAUUGGUAGAGAUCAAAUGCUCCCCGGACCUGAAGUUCUUCCUGUGCUCCAUGUACACGCCGAUCUGCUUGCCGGAGUACACGAAGCCUUUGCCAGCUUGCCGAAGUGUCUGCGAGCGAGCGCGAGCGGGUUGCGCGCCUCUGAUGCAGCAAUACGGCUUCUCCUGGCCAGAACGAAUGGCCUGCGAGAGGCUGCCGACCCACGGUGACCCGGACAAUCUCUGCAUGGAGCAGGACAACCGUACUAGUAGCACUGGACCAGGGUCCAGCAAUGGCGGAGCAGCCAGCAGCGCCCCGAUGCCACCAGCCUCGCCGCCUCGACCAACUCGACCGUCGAAGACGACUCAGCCGCAACGAUGCAAGCCAGGCAAGAAUCAAAAAAACUGCCAGCAUCCCCCGGGGGAAAGGACGAGGGACUGCGCGUGCCGAUGCAGAGCACCCCUCGUACCCCUGGGGGCGGGGGGCACAGUGCUAUCGGGACCGAUAAGCAGCGGCAGCAGCACCGGCAGCAUAGGCAACGGGGCUGGGCUGGCCGGCAUGGCCGUAAGUGGGGCCAUUCCGGCGCCGCCGAUAAACAUCGCCCGGAACAUCAUUCAGGACAUUGCCGGAGUACCGAACUGCGCCCUGCCGUGCCACGGCGCGUUUCUCACCCUCGAAGAGCGCGAGUUCGCGGCCGUGUGGCUGGCUCUGUGGAGCGGCCUGUGCGCCGCAAGCACGCUCGUGACCGUCACCACGUUUCUGAUCGACACCCAGCGCUUCAAGUAUCCUGAGAGGCCGAUCGUCUUCCUCUCGGCGUGCUACUUCGUGGUGUCGAUCGGCUACCUAUCCAGGAGCAUGUUCGGCCACGAGGAGAUCGCGUGCGACGGUCCAGCGUUGAAGGCCGGGGCCCAGGGACCUGGGGCCUGUGUCACCGUCUUCCUAAUGAUCUACUUCUUCGGCAUGGCGUCCUCGGUCUGGUGGGUGAUCCUAGCGUUCACUUGGUUCCUGGCGGCCGGCCUGAAGUGGGGCAACGAGGCGAUCGCCUCGUACUCUCAGUACUUCCAUUUAGCAGCCUGGCUAGCGCCCACGGUGCAGACAGUUUCAGCGUACAUGGCUGGAGGAGUUGCAGGGGACCCAGUAGCUGGAGUCUGCACGGUAGCGCCGGAUGGCGUUCGAUCCUUCAUACUGGUACCCUUGUUCGUGUACCUGUUACUAGGGACGAGCUUCCUGUUGGCGGGAUUCGUCAGUCUGUUCAGAAUUCGUUCGGUGAUCAAGAGGCAGCCAGGAGCGAAGGCGGACAAGCUGGAGAAGCUGAUGAUACGCAUCGGCGUGUUCAGCGUUCUGUACACUCUGCCAGCCGGGGUGGUUCUGGCGUGUCACAUGUACGAGACAGCGUUGCGAAACGAGUGGCUCGCCUCGCUGGCCUGCCCCUGCCGGACGAGGGAACGGCCCCUGUACUCCGUCCUGAUGCUAAAGUACUUCAUGGCGCUCGCGGUCGGCAUCACGUCCGGCGUGUGGAUCUGGAGCGGCAAGACCGUCGACUCGUGGAAACGUCUGUGGAGGCGUCUGUUCGGCGGGAACGGAGGCGCCGGCCACGGUGGCGGUGGCGCCGGUAUGGUGGCCGGCGUGACCGGCGUCAGCGGCGGAAUCGGCAGCACAAGCAUCAAGGGCGUCGUAGGACGUGUCGGAGUACC